ACAUAAACACUUUCAGACGUUCGACUCUCACUUUUCUCGACGGUUCUCUUUCAGUCUCCCCCAUUCUUCAAAGGCCCCCUCUCCCCACCGCAUCACCCUAAUCUCUCUCUUUCUAUCUAUUAAUAUCUCUUAUUUAUCUCAACUGGCGCUUUCCACCGAAAACCCUCGCGAUCCAUCUGCCUUCACCAUGCUCGAGCUUUCCUCGACACUGUCGACUCACGUUCGGUUCCUACUCCAGUCCCUGACCGAAGCCAACGCUGACUCCAUUUCUCGAGAGCUCUUUCAGUUCAUUGAAUAUGGGAUCGAGGGAAGCAUUCUGGUGUUGCAAACCUGCUUGGAUUGCUUGAAUUCUCACAAGACGGAUGCAAAGAACUUGCAAUCUGACCAAGUUGUAGCAGCAAUUUUUAGACAUACCAUGGACAAGCCAAAUUUUUGUACUGUCUUCUGUCAGUCACUAAGAAGUACAGAUAUCAGUGAGGAAUUCCUGCUGAAUUUCUCAAAAACUAUGCAGUUAUCUGUGUCUGAAAAAAUUGGCAUUGGUCUUGCUUUGUCUGAUUCUGAAAAUCCUGACACAAGAAUGUGCGGGAAGAAUUUCUGUAUGGCUCAGAUUGAGGAAUUGCAUGCUAAUUCGGCUUCUUUCGAUUCUUCCGAGCAAAUUCAGAAUAUUGUUAUGUUCCUCCAGAGCUCUGACGCCCUUUCCAAGCAUGUAGAUUCCUUUAUGCAGAUGUUAUCUUUAGUGCAAGCGAAAGAUGUCGCGCAGUUUGUUUUAACUCCAAUACUUUCAGAUGAAUUGCGUGGGGCUAAUUUCUUAAGGAAUAUGGAUUUCUUCAAUGAAUCUGGAGAAAAUGAUUUUGAUGCUCUUUUAGCAGAAAUGGAGAAGGAGAUGAGCAUGGGAGAUAUAAUUAAGGAACUAGGUUAUGGUUGCACUGUUGAUGCUGCACGCUGUAAAGAUAUUUUAUCUCUUUGCUUACCUCUGACAGAGAUGACCAUAUCUAGAAUACUGGGCACAAUUGCCCACACCUAUGUUGGGCUUGAGGAUAACCCAACGGCAUUUUCUACAUUUUGCCUGGCCCUAGGUUGCAGCACUUCAUCUGAGUUGCCUCCAUUGUGCUCCUGGAACAUUGAUGUUCUUAUAAAAACUAUAAAGCAACUUGCUCCCGGUACCAACUGGAUUCGAGUUAUUGAAAACCUGGAUCAUGAGGGGUUCUACAUUCCUAAUGAGGCGGCAUUCUCCUUUUUCAUGUCUGUAUAUCGACAUGCAUCCCAGGAACCCUUUCCUCUCCAUGCCAUUUGUGGGUCUGUAUGGAAGAAUAUUGAAGGUCAGCUAUCUUUUCUAAAAUAUGCUGUAUCAGCACUGCCAGAAGUAUUUACCUUUGCCCAUUCUUUGAGGCAGCUGGCCUAUAUGGAUGCCGUGCAUGGCCAUAAGCUUCACCUUGGAAAUGCAAAUCAUGCCUGGUUGUGUCUUGACCUCUUAGAUAUACUGUGUCAACUAGCUGAAAGGGGUCAUACAAGCUUUGUUCGAUCAAUGCUUGAUUAUCCUUUAAAACACUGCCCCGAAGUCCUGCUUCUUGGGAUGGCACAUAUUAAUACGGCUUAUAAUCUCCUCCAGCAUGAUGUGACUUACACAGUUUUUCCAAUGAUCAUUAAAAAUGCCCUGGGUGCGGGUGUGAUACUUCAACUUUGGCACGUGAACCCUAAUCUUGUCUUGCGUGGAUUUGUAGAAGUACACAACACUGAGCCAGACAGCAUGAUUAGAAUUCUGGAAAUUUGUCAAGAGUUAAAGAUUCUAUCAUCGGUGUUGGAGAUGAUACCUUUUCCUUCUGGCAUCAGAUUAGCAGUCCUUGCUUCUCAGAAAGAGGUUCUAGAUCUUGAGAAUUGGUUGGGUGGUAACCUGAAUACAUAUAAAGAUGUUUUUUUUGAGGAGUGCCUAAAGUUCCUGAAGGAGAUACAAUUCGGUGGAUCACAAGAGUUUUCUGCCAAACCUUUCCAUCAUACUACUGCUGUUUUAAAUCUUUAUUUGGAAGCUAGUUCUACCUUUUUCAAGGUCCUUAAAGCUAAUACUGGGAUGAUAGCCUCUACUCAGCUUCUCGAGGAAAUGGAAAGGUUGCAUGCAAUGAUUAUGGAUUCUAAUCCAAAGCUGCAAAAUGGUGGGACCACAGAUUCCUCAACCUCUGACGGAUAUGGAGAUGAUAUCGAGGCAGAAGCAAACUCUUACUUUCAUCAAAUGUUUUCUGGUCAGUUGACCAUUGAUUCAAUGGUUCAAAUGCUUGCACGGUUCAAGGAAUCUUCUGUGAAAAGGGAACAGUCGAUAUUUGAGUGCAUGAUUGCAAAUCUGUUUGAAGAAUACCGAUUUUUCCCCAAGUAUCCUGAAAGACAGCUCAAAAUCGCUGCAGUUCUCUUUGGCUCUGUUAUCAAGCAGCAGCUUGUAACUCACCUCACCCUUGGAAUUGCCUUGCGUGGUGUUCUAGAUGCAUUGCGUAAACCUGCAGAUUCAAAAAUGUUUUUGUUUGGAACCAAGGCUUUGGAGCAGUUUGUGGAUCGCCUGAUUGAGUGGCCGCAGUAUUGCAACCAUAUUUUACAGAUAUCUCACCUGCGUGCCACUCAUUCAGAGCUUGUUGCUUUCAUUGAACGAGCUCUUGCCAGGAUUUCGUCAGGGCACUUGGAAUCAGAUGGGAGCAACAACCCCUCUGUUCAACACCAAGUUUCCUCUCAGGUGACCUCAGGAAACGGGGAGUUAAAUAGCUCUACCAUUGCUCAGCCUGGGUCACAGCUUUCUUCUCCGCUUAAGCUUCAGAGGCAUGAUAGUUCUCUUGAUGACCGUAAUAAACUCCCUGCGACAUCAUCUAAUGAUGUGAAACCACUUCUAUCUUCUGUAGGGCAGCCUUCAGUUGCUUCCUUGAGUGAUGCUUCUAGCAUUCAUAAACUGCAGAAUGCAGUCAGUGGUUCGUCUAUGCUGUCUGCUUCCCCUGGUUUUGUUCGUCCUUCUCGAGGAGUUACUUCUACUAGAUUUGGCUCUGCUUUAAACAUUGAAACACUAGUGGCCGCUGCUGAGAGAAGAGAGACUCCCAUUGAGGCUCCAGCAUCAGAGAUUCAAGACAAGAUAUCAUUCAUAAUUAAUAAUAUUUCUGCUGCCAAUAUUGAAGCUAAAGGGAAAGAGUUCAAUGAAAUUUUGAAAGAGCAGUACUAUCCCUGGUUUGCAGAAUAUAUGGUUAUGAAAAGAGCAAGCAUUGAACCAAACUUUCAUGAUUUGUAUUUGAAGUUUCUUGACAAAGUUAAUUCAAAGGCUUUGAAUAAGGAGAUUGUCCAAGCUACAUAUGAGAACUGCAAGGUUUUGUUGGGAUCAGAGCUUAUAAAAUCAAGCUCUGAGGAGCGGUCAUUGCUAAAAAAUUUGGGUAGUUGGCUUGGGAAGUUAACUAUUGGCCGGAAUCAAGUUUUGAGGGCCCGUGAAAUAGAUCCCAAAUCUCUGAUUAUAGAGGCAUAUGAGAAGGGUUUGAUGAUUGCAGUUAUUCCAUUUACUUCAAAGAUUCUUGAGCCAUGUCAAAGCAGUCUGGCAUAUCAACCCCCUAAUCCCUGGACCAUGGGCAUUCUGGCGUUACUGGCUGAGAUUUAUUCAAUGCCAAACUUGAAAAUGAACCUCAAGUUUGACAUAGAGGUACUAUUCAAGAACCUUGGUGUGGAUAUGAAGGACAUAACACCUACUUCUCUUCUCAAGGAUCGCAAAAGAGAAAUUGAGGGGAAUCCUGAUUUUUCCAAUAAAGAUGUUGGAGCUUGCCAGCCCCAGAUGGUUGCCGAAGUUAAAUCAGGAAUAAUUUCUCCACUUAAUCAUGUUGAACUACCUCUUGAGGUUGCUAGUCCACCUAAUUCUGGUGGCCACACACAUUUAUUAUCUCAGUAUGCUGGUCCCUUGCGUCUUUCUUCUGGUGCAUUGAUGGAGGAUGAGAAACUAGCAGCUUUAGGCUUGUCUGAUCAGCUUCCUUCUGCACAAGGGCUAUUUCAAGCCACUCCAUCACAGUCACCUUUUUCUGUUAAUCAGCUUUCUGCGGCAAUACCUAACAUUGGAACUCAUGUUAUUAUCAAUCAGAAGCUCAGUGCUUUGGGCUUGCACUUGCAUUUUCAGAGGGUGGUUCCAAUUGCAAUGGACAGAGCCAUCAAGGAGAUUGUGGCUGGUAUUGUUCAGCGCAGUGUUUCUAUUGCAACUCAGACAACAAAGGAGCUUGUUUUAAAGGAUUAUGCUAUGGAAUCAGAUGAGACACGGAUCUAUAACGCAGCACACUUGAUGGUUGCAAGUUUGGCCGGAAGUCUAGCUCACGUAACAUGCAAGGAACCCUUACGUGGCUCUAUAUCAAGUCAACUAAGGAGUUCACUUCAGGGUUUGAAUGUUGCGAGUGAUCUUCUGGAACAAGCUGUUCAGCUUGUUACUAAUGAUAACCUUGAUCUUGGCUGUGCGGUCAUUGAACAGGCUGCUACUGAUAAGGCAAUACAAACCAUUGAUGGAGAAAUAGCUAAUCAACUUGCCUUAAGAAGAAAGCAUAGGGAUCCCUCAUUUUUUGAUCCAAGCAUGUAUGGACAAGGUUCUAUGGGUGUUGUGCCUGAGGCUCUUCGACCUAAACCAGGUCACUUGUCUCUGUCUCAGCAGCGAGUUUAUGAGGACUUUGUUCGGCUUCCUUGGCAAAAUCAGUCUGGUCAGAGCUCACAUUCUAUGUCUGCUGGUCCUUCAAGCUUAUCUGGUGAUGGUGGUCUCACUGGCACAUUUGGUUCAACAUCAGGGCAAGUUACCCCUGGUUACGCAUCCAGCCAAGGAAACUUGGGACAAUUGGAUGUUGCUUCUGAGGCAAUUGAAUCUACCUCAGCUGCCCUUUUGAGUGCUUCCUCAAUUCAUAUUGGCUCAGCAGCUGGUCUUACCCAGCAGACUACUGAAAACGAUCCUCUCAAUGCUUCUUUCUCUUCUACAAUUUCAGCCCCUGAAUUACAUUCAGUGGAUACUACUGAUGCUGUAAAAGAAUUGGGACCUACAGCACAACCAUUACCUUCACCUGCUGCCACUGACCGUUUAGGAAGUACCAUCUCUGAAACUUCACUGAGCACAAGGGAUGCAUUGGAUAAAUAUCAGAUUGUUGCUCAGAAGUUGGAAACUUCGGUGACAAGCGAUUCUAGAGAAGUUGACAUUCAGGGAGUGAUCUCUGAGGUACCUGAAAUCAUACUCAGAUGUGUAAGUCGGGACGAGGCUGCAUUGGCUGUGGCUCAAAAGGUUUUCAAGGGCUUAUAUGAGAAUGCAUCAAACAGUCUUAAUGUUAGUGCCCAUCUUGCUAUUCUGGCUGCUGUCCGUGAUGUCUGCAAGCUUGCUGUUAAGGAGCUUACUAGUUGGGUGAUAUAUUCAGACGAGGAGCGAAAGUUCAACAAAGAUAUCACAGUUGGCCUUAUUCGAAGUGAAUUGCUGAACCUUGCGGAGUACAAUGUUCAUAUGGCAAAACUUAUUGAUGGAGGAAGGAAUAAAGCUGCGAUGGAAUUUGCGAUGUCCCUUCUUCAAACUUUGGUCACUGAUGAAUCCAGAGUCAUCUCAGAGCUCCAUAAUCUUGUGGAUGCGCUGGCUAAGGUUGUGCCAAAACCUGGAUCUCCUGAAUCAUUGCAACAGUUGAUCGAGAUGAUCAGAAAUCCUUCUGCUAGUGCGGCUGCUUUAUCUAGUGCCACUGCUGGAAAGGAGGAUAAGGCUAGGCAAUCUAGAGACAAAAAGGUACCUGGGCACACAUCGGCUAAUAGGGAUGAUAAUAGUAAUGUGGAGAAUCUAGAACCAGAUCCUGCUGGCUUCAAGGAGCAGGUUUCCAUGCUGUUUGCAGAAUGGUACCAGAUAUGUGAGAUUCCUGGUGCAAAUGAUGGACCUUGUAAUCAUUACAUUGUGCAAUUGCAUCAAAAUGGACUGCUCAAAGGGGAUGAUAUGACAGAACGCUUUUUUCGCAUUAUCACAGAACUUUCUGUCUCACAUUGCCUAUCUUCUGAGGUUAUGAGUUCUGGCACAUUGCAAUCACCUCAGCAGGCUCAGACUCUUUCUUUCCUUGCCAUUGAUAUUUAUGCAAAACUUGUGUUGUCAAUCCUUAAGUAUUGCCCAGUGGAACAGGGAUCGAGUAAACUCUUUCUUAUGUCCAAGAUUUUGACCGUGACUCUGAGAUUUAUUCAAAAAGAUGCAGAGGAUAAGAAAGCAUCUUUUAAUCCAAGACCAUAUUUCAGAUUAUUUAUCAACUGGCUGUCAGAUCUUGGGUGCCUGGACCCUGUCACUGAUGGUGCAAGUUUUCAGAUUUUGAUAGCCUUUGCCAAUGCAUUUCAUGCAUUGCAGCCCCUUAAAGUUCCUGCCUUCAGCUUUGCAUGGCUAGAGCUGGUCAGUCACAGGAGUUUCAUGCCAAAAUUGCUCACUGGAAAUGCUCAGAAGGGUUGGGCAUAUAUACAACGCUUGCUGGUGGACUUGCUUCAGUUCCUUGAGCCAUUUUUAAGGAAUGCUGAGCUUGGAGUGCCGGUUCAGUGUCUGUAUAAAGGCACACUUAGGGUGCUGCUAGUGCUGCUUCACGACUUUCCUGAAUUCCUGUGUGAUUAUCAUUUUACCUUCUGUGAUGUGAUUCCUCCAAGCUGCAUACAGAUGCGGAAUAUUAUCCUUAGUGCAUUUCCACGUAAUAUGAGGCUGCCAGAUCCAUCUACACCAAACUUAAAGAUUGACUUGCUUCCAGAAAUCAGAGAACCCCCCCGCAUCCUCUCUGAGGUGGAUGCUGCUCUUAAAGCAAAACAGAUGAAGGCCGAUGUAGAUGAGUAUCUCAAGACAAGGCCACAAGGAGGAUCUUCAUUUCUUACUGAACUGAAACAAAGACUGCUCCUUUCACCAAGCGAGGCAGCAUCUGCUGGUACCCAUUAUAAUGUACCAUUAAUCAACUCUCUGGUGCUUUAUGUUGGAAUGCAGGCCAUUCAGCAACUGCAGUCAAGAGGAUCUCAUGCACAGUCAACAGGAAACACUGUUCCAUUGUCUGUGUUCUUGGUUAGUGCUGCCUUGGAUAUUUUCCAGAGUCUAAUAGGGGAACUUGAUACUGAGGGGCGAUACCUUUUUCUUAAUGCAAUUGCUAACCAAUUGCGAUAUCCAAACAACCAUACACAUUACUUCUCCUUCAUCUUACUAUACUUAUUUGCCGAAUCAAAUCAGGAAAUUAUUCAAGAGCAAAUUACAAGAGUUCUGUUGGAACGGCUAAUUGUUAACAAACCUCAUCCAUGGGGUCUGCUCAUUACCUUCAUUGAGCUCAUAAAGAAUCCAAGAUACAACUUCUGGAAUCGAUCAUUUAUUAGGUGUGCACCUGAGAUUGAAAAACUCUUUGAAUCUGUCGCAAGAUCAUGUGGGGGCCUGAAACCUGUGGACGAGAGCAUGGUUUCUGGUUGGGUAUCUGACAGCGCGCACUGACUUGUCUUAAUGUCAUACGAUGGGAACUCUUUUUAAAUUUAAAAAUCCCCAUUCUUGUUAUCUGUAUAUCAUGUUUCAUUGUUGUUUAUCCUUGUAUCCUGUAACAAAACCAGUUUAAACUUACUAGAGAUUACUGCGGUCCUGUUUUAUUUUCUUGUAAAUAUAAGAGGGCUGAAAGUUCUUUGUAUACAUCGGGAGAAUUUGAUUAUUCAUGUAUAGAAAUUUGAAUUAACACCUUUUUGGCUCAAAAA